AUGACACAAAAUACACAAGAAGAGGAACUGAGUGAAGAGGAUACGGAAAAACUGAGAAUGUCAUCUGCUUUAAUUUUCACAAUUUAUGAAAGAUAUAAGAGAAUAUUAUUGGCCUAUCUUCAUACAAGAUUUGAUAGAGUGAAAUCUAUCAGCACCAUGCAUCAUGAAAGUAUUGAAAAUACACCAAUUUGGAAAGAUUUGAGUGACAAUGAACAACGAUUUGCAACAGAAUACAGACAAUUAAUUGAUAGUUAUGGAGAGGAAAUUGGUUUUGAUUUAUAUAAACAUGCCAAUCCACCUAAAGGAGAUUGUGUGGAAGUUGAAGUUCUCAAAACAAGUGGCAGUAGAUUGCUAGAAAGUGGCAAGACCUAUAACUUGGUUCAAGGUUCACAUUUAUUCAUUCAAUUAGGUGAUGCAGAAUAUCUCAUUCAACAAGGUCUUGUAAAAUUAAUAUCGUAA